AUGUCCGGGCUGGCGGCGGCCCGCGAGCUGCGGCGCGAGGGCCACGCCGUCACGGUUAUGGAGCAGAGCGGCGACGUCGGCGGGCAGUGGCUGUACGACCCGCGGACCGACGGCGACGACCCGCUCGGAGCCAAGGCGCCGGUGAAGGUGCACAGCAGCAUGUACGCGUCGGCGCGGGUGAUCAGCCCGCGCGAGUGCAUGGGCUUCUCCGACUUCCAGUUCGUGCCCAGGCCCGGCGCCGGCGGCCGCGACCGCGACGCCCGCCGCUUCCCGGGCCACCGCGAGGUGUACUGCUACCUCAGGGACUUCUGCGAGGCGUUCGGCCUCGCGGACCACAUCAGGCUCAACACCAGGGUCGUGCGGAUCGCCAUGCAGGCGCCGCCGCCGUCACGCGACGACGCUCGCAGUCGCAGCGGAGGUGGCUACUCUGACGUGAAAUGGAAGGUGAGAUCUGUACACGUCGAGCCUGACGGCGGCGGCGGCGAAGCAGCAGAGGUGGCCGUGGAGGAGGUGUUCGACGCCGUGGUCGUGGCCAACGGCCAUUACUCGCAGCCAAGCCUGCCAAGCAUCGCAGGAAUGGACACGUGGCAGCGGCGGCAGCUGCACAGCCACUCGUACCGGGAGCCGGGCCCCUUCCGCGGCGAGGCGGUGGUGGUGGUCGGCUGCGGCGACAGCGGCAUGGACAUCGCGACGGAGCUCUGCGGCGUCGCCAAGGAGGUCCACCUCGUGGCGAGGUCCGUGGAGGCGGCCACGACGCCGCCGCCGAUGCUGUCCAAGAUCCUGGCCAACCACUCCGACAUCCACCUGCACCCGCAGGUGGACCGGCUGUGCGAGGACGGGCGGACGGUGGUGUUCGCCGACGGCUGCCGCGUCGCCGCCGACGCUGUCAUCUACUGCACGGGGUACACCUACUCGUUCCCGUUCCUCGACAUGGGGGACGGGCUGGUCACCGUCCGCGACAACCGCGUCGGCCCGCUGUACGAACACACGUUCCCGCCGGCGCUCGCGCCGUCGCUGUCGUUCGUCGGCGUCCCCAUGCGGGUGUUCGCGCCGUGGCUCUUCGAGGCCCAGGCGAGGUGGGUCGCGCUGGUGCUGGCUGGGAAGGUGGCGCUGCCGCCGGAGGAGGACAUGCUCCGGGCGGUGCAGGAGGACUACCGUGCCAGGGAGAUGGCCGGCGUGCCGACCUACCACACGCACGACAUCCCCGCCUUCGAUCGCAGUGAGAUCUGGGAGUUCGUGUACAGGCACUCGGACCUCCCGCGCAUGGAGGAGUGGAAGGCGGAGCUGUUCUGGACUGGCUUCAUGAACGCCAAGGACGACCGGGACACCUUCCGUGACCGGGAAGACGACAGCGAGAACGUCCGCGAGGGCGUGGGGAGAUGGCGCUGCGUGUCUGGUGCUCAGUACGAAGCUGCCCUCGCUGCUGCCCGUGGUGGUUUCUGA